AUGGCCUGGGGCGGCGGCCGGAACCUCUCCGCGCAGGGGCCGUUCAUCCUGCUGGGCUUCCCGGGGCCGCAGGGCCUGCGCGCGGGGCUCUUUGCGCUCUUCCUGGUCGCCUACGCGCUCACGGUGGCCGGGAACCUGGCCAUCAUCGCGCUGGUCGGCGCGCACCGGCGCCUGCAGGCGCCCAUGUACUUCUUCCUGUGCAACCUCUCCUUCCUGGAGAUCUGGUUCACCACGGCCUGCGCGCCCAAGACCCUGGCCACGCUGGCCCGGCGCGGCUCAGCCAUGUCCCUGGGCGGCUGCGCGGCGCAGAGGUACUUCGUCUUCGCGCUGGGCUGCGCCGAGUACUUCCUGCUGGCCGCCGUGGCCUACGACCGGCUGGCCAUCUGCCGGCCGCUGCGCUACCGCAGCCUCAUGACGCCCGGCCGCUGCGCGCGCCUGGCCCUGGGCUCCUGGCUGGGCGGCUUCUCCGCCUUCGGCUUGCCGGCCGCCCUCGUCGCGCGCCUCUCCUUCUGCGGCUCCCGCGUCAUCAACCACUUCUGCGACAUCGCGCCCUGGAUCGUGCUGGCCUGCGGCGACACGCGCGUCGUGGAGCUGGUGUCCUUCGGCAUCGCCUUCUGCGUCAUCCUGGGCUCCUGCUUCAUCACGCUGGUCUCCUACGCCUGCAUCAUCGUCACCAUCGUCGCGAUCCCCGGCGCAGCCGGGCGGCGCCGAGCCUUCUCCACCUGCUUCUCCCACCUGGCUGUGGUCCUCCUCUGGUACGGGUCCACCGUCUUCCUGCACGUGAGGACCUCGGUGGAGAGCUCGCUGGACCUGACCAAGGCGGUCACCGUGCUCAACACUGUGGUCACUCCGGCGCUGAACUCUUUCAUUUACACCCUGAGGAACAAGGACGUCAAGGAGGCUCUGUGGAGGUGGGUGCAGGGGAAGUGA